CGGGGUCCAGGGCUGAGGUAGCGGGACGGAAGUGAGCGGGUCCCGCCCCUUCCCCCUCUCGUUUUCGUUGGAGCCGCCGCCUCUGCCGCUGCCCGCUCUCCGGCGAGCCGGAGUCUCCGUGCCGUACCCUCGGUCCCCGGCCGCGCGGAGCCGGGAUGCACUGCUCCUGCUGUGGGUCCUCAUCAUGGAGACCAAACGGGUGGAGAUUCCCGGCAGCGUCCUGGACGAUCUCUGCAGCCGAUUUAUUUUGCAUAUUCCCAGCGAGGAAAGAGACAAUGCUAUCCGAGUGUGUUUUCAGAUUGAACUUGCCCAUUGGUUUUACUUGGAUUUCUACAUGCAGAACACACCAGGAUUACCUCAGUGUGGGAUAAGAGACUUUGCUAAAGCUGUCUUCAGUCAUUGUCCGUUUUUGCUGCCUCAAGGUGAAGAUGUGGAAAAAAUUUUGGAUGAAUGGAAGGAAUACAAAAUGGGAGUGCCAACAUAUGGUGCAAUUAUUCUUGAUGAGACACUUGAAAAUGUACUACUUGUUCAGGGGUAUCUAGCAAAAUCAGGCUGGGGAUUUCCAAAAGGAAAAGUAAAUAAAGAAGAAGCUCCUCAUGAUUGUGCUGCUAGAGAGGUCUUUGAAGAAACUGGUUUUGAUAUUAAAGAUUACAUUUGUAAGGAUGACUACAUUGAACUUCGAAUCAAUGACCAGCUUGCUCGUUUGUACAUCAUUCCAGGAAUUCCAAAAGAUACAAAAUUUAACCCAAAAACCAGAAGAGAAAUUCGGAACAUUGAGUGGUUCUCCAUUGAGAAAUUGCCCUGUCACAGAAAUGAUAUGACCCCCAAAUCCAAACUUGGUUUGGCACCUAACAAAUUUUUUAUGGCCAUUCCUUUUAUCAGGCCGUUAAGGGACUGGCUUUCUAGAAGAUUUGGAGAUUCCUCCGAUAGUGACAAUGGAUUUUCCUCAGCUGGUAGCACACCAGCUAAACCCACUGUGGAAAAAUUGAGUCGAACCAAAUUCCGCCACAGUCAGCAGUUAUUUCCUGAAGGUUCUCCUGGUGACCAGUGGGUAAAGCACAGGCAACCACUGCAGCAAAAACCGUAUAAUAAUCAUUCUGAAAUGUCUGACCUUUUAAAAGUAAAGAAUCAAAGUAUGAGAGGAAAUGGCAGAAAACAGUAUCAAGACUCACCUAAUCAAAAGAAAAGAACAAAUGGGGUCCACAGCCAACCGGCCAAGCAGCAGAAUCCCUUGAUGAAAUGUGAAAAAAAACUUCAUCCACGAAAACUUCAGGAUACUUUUGAAACAGAUGCCGUAUGUGACUUACCGUGCUCCGGUGAAGACCAGUUGCUAGAACAUGCCGAGGGCCAGGCUGUGGCGUGUAAUGGACAUUGCAAGUUCCCCUUUUCAUCCAGAGCCUUUUUGAGUUUCAAGUUUGACCAUAAUGCUAUAAUGAAAAUCUUGGACCUCUGAUAGCAGCACAUGUUGUGGAAGUCCCAAGAUAAGAGACCUGUUGCAUUUGAGUGGGUGUCUCUUUGAGCCUUACCUUUCUCAGGUGUUUUAAAGAAAUGCAGGGAGGCAAUGAUGUUUCUGUAGAGAUUGACCUCUGUGUGUGCAGAAGAGAGAGUAGAAACAUGAAUUUGCACUGUAAAUAGAACUUUUUACACAGAAGUACCUUUUCAGUGUUUGGCUAACAAAUUUAAGUUGCUUUUUAUGAGGGCAUUUUUUUUUCUGUGUGACUGUAGUUUUUAUUUUGUAUUUUGGUCAAGAAAAUAGUAUUUGAGUCAUCAUUAAGUAGACAAGUUAAUAGGAAUGCUCCAUCUACCCCUUACAGUGAUUGUAAUGUUAGUUUCCUUAUAUUGACAAAUUUAAAAGAAACUUAGAAUACACAAUUAUUAAAUGAAUACAAGAGUUGAAAUGUCACAGAAGUCAAGAUUGCAGGUCAUCUGCUUUGGUGGCAUUUUGCACAUUUCUCUGCUUCUAACCACUUGGUUCUCUCAUCCUCCCCUGCUUGUGGCUUUGUUGGAAGGUUUUAUUUUGAGGCAGCAUCUGCUAUGUCAUGUUCGUGUUCAAAAUGAACUCUUAGCACUUCAUUAAAGGACAAAGUCCUCAGCUUGGACAGGGACUGAGUUGGUUUGAGUGGGAGUUGCUCUAAUUUUUAAUUACGCUGUGUGCAGUGAACCUGUGAGGCUGCGGAGAGAGGGCAGUGGGGCGAGAACACGGGGGCUGGGACCCCGAAAUGGCUUUGGUCACAUCUGCACCAUCCUGCCACCAGCCCCUCGGUAUCAUGCGAUGAUUUUGUUCUUGUGAAACUUUAUUCUGUAUUACAGUUGUGUAAAUAUGUAUGGAAUACUGACAUUAUUGGGUUUUACAUCACGUCUCAGUGUUGCUCUCUGGAAACAGAUGUUAUAUUAGGUUCCAAUUUGCAGUAGUAGCAGAGACUGACACACUUCCAUUAGCAUGCUGAAGCCCCUGGAUGAUGGAGCAAAAAGGGAAGGGGAUGCAGUUUACCGAAGUACAUUGAAGCAUUUCACUAGGGGAGGAUCAGAAGUAACAUGUGUAAUUGACUCCUAGGAAUGUAUUUUGCUCCUUCAGGAUUCUGAAAUCCAAAUAAUGAUGGCAGUACCCAAUUUAAGAAGGAUUUUAGCUAUAUAAUUGAGGACAAUCACCAGGGCUUUCAGGGGGCUGUAGUGUUGGGGCUGCUUGUGACCUCACUGAAGGCGUUUUCUGUUGCGGGGGGAGAGUGUGUGAGCAUAUGCGUGCGUGUGCAUCUGUCAUGUGGGUUUUAAAAAUCUCUUUUUAACAUGUGGUAUCCACACAGUAUAUCUCUAAUUGUAAAUUUUAUUGUAGAAGUCUUUAUUCUGUAUAGAUAGCCUAUUUAAAAGGGGUUCUAUUUAACCCAGUGGGACUUUCAAAAGAAGUGCUAUUGUAAGGAAUUCACUUGGUAUUAUUUUGCUUUAGCUUUUAAAUGGCUUGAUUUUAAAGGAGAAAUUCUAUUUAUUAACAAAAGUGUCACCCUCUUGGUGCUAAGCAAGAUAAUUCAGUUAUAGCAGAGUGUUUAGAAUGAGGUUAUUUACCAUCCUAUAUCUUUUAAUGUGACAAAUUUGUGAAUCCUUCAGUGACCUUUUUAAAGAUGCAUUAUAUGAUUGCGUUUGGAAGCUCUUAACUGUUCUUCACAAAAGUACAGCUGCUUUGCUUGGGUCUCCUUGAGCCAUAUUUAUAGUUGGUCCCAGCAUUCCAGAUUUUUGUUAAAUUGUUAAGGGAGUGAAAACUUAGUUUGCCUGGCGGGUACAUCAUUUUCACUCGUUUACUGCCAUCUGGAAACCAUUUAAUUUUUAGUGAUUUUAUAUGUUUUGUUUUGUUUUGUUUUCUUAUUUAAAAAGAAAAAGUGAGUGCUUUGGUCAGUCUUUCUGGUGCCUCGAGUUGGAUUUUUCAGCUCUCAGUACUAAAGCAAAAGAGAUUAGAAUCAGUUACCAGAAGUUUGGCUUCUCAUGGUGUUUGAGCCUUUUCAAGAUCCAACAGAUUAUCUCUUUUUGAUGACGGUGGUUUAACUAUGGUUAAAUAUUAUUGCUGUUGUGCUGCUUCAUUUAAUGCACUGUGGAACAAAGAAGGGUAUGGGUGGGAUGGGACUUUGGUAACUUGGGGCUCUUAGCUCUCUUGACAGUUUGAGAUUAAAAAAAUGUUAAAAGAUAUGAGUUGAAGUUUAUGUUUGUGAUGUGACUUAACUAUGCAGAAAAUGUAUAAGUUGGAUGUACCUGUUUUACGUACAUCUGCUGUACUUGUCCCUCGAACCUGUGAGUUAGUUUCUCAAUGUUGAGGUUACCUUGAGAAAGGCCAUGUUUAGCACAGAACUAGAUUUCUCCAUUGAGAAAUUUUAGCGUGGUUUGAAGAAAUCAAAUGAUAAAGGAGUGUGCUGAAUAUGCAAUACUUUACUUCUGUGUGCUGCAAUUUAAGAAGCUAGAUGAGAAAAGUAGUUGUGUUGGGUUCGUUAUGUUUCAUGUCUUUAAGAAAUAUGUCUUUGAAUCCACUUUUUAAAUGUUCUUAUGUUCCAACCUUAUAUGUUCCAAGGUUCAGUGCACUGUGAAUCUUUUAUUUUUUAAAAUUGCCUAGGUGCUUUUAUGUAUAACUGUAAUGAUUUAUAAGGUGUUCAAUGAAUUGUUUUUGUACUUAACCAAUGUGAUCCAGAAGAUAAGGGUAUGGUUUACAUGCUUUCACAAAUUUUUGUUAAUAACAAAUGAAUGGUUUUAGUAUUUCAAACAGUGAUGCUCUCCUGAGACAUGAGCAUUUGGAGGAGUCUGAGAAUCUAAUAGAGCUCUUUUAGCCUGGGUGGAAUUUGAUUGAAGAUGUUUGAGAAUUAAGUUGGAUUUUCAUGGUAACAUAAAAGGUGAGGUUUCUAUGUUCUGAGGGAAUGGUGGUCACUGCUUGCUGCUUUGAAAUUUGGAUAUCCUUAUUUUUCUAUUAAGUAUCAAUUAGUAAGUACAGAUAAUGUAGAUGUAUAGCAAAAUUUAGCAAAAUUAAUUUUGUGCUAUGAGAUUGGGUUGGUAUUUUUAAGUCUUUAGUAAUUUGUGUGUUAAUAUCAAAAAACUCAAAUCUAAGUGAAAUACAUCCUUUCACAAGGAUUAAACUCUUAUAUAAAACAAUAUUAUUAUAGUUGUCUUUUUAGAAAAGUUCAGGUCUGACUGCAUGAAUGCAUUUCAAAAAUUCAAAGCAUUUCAUUACCUAUUCCCUCACUUUUUUUGGUUAGUUUGUUUCUGACAGUUAACAGUAAGGAGCAAAGUCAGUUAAAAAACUAGACUUUUUGCCUAGCUAUUUUUCUAACUAUAACAAUACCCCUUGGCUUUUAAUCUUUAUUUUUGUACCAGUGGACCUUACUCUACCCACUGAGACUUUGUUUUGAUUGACAUCUAUUGUGUCUUUGUAUUCUGAGGCAGUAUUUUCUUUGCAUAUUAAUCAUAGUUAAAAGGUCAGAUUCAUUUACAUUUUUCUGAUUGAAGAAAAAUAAGUGUUACCUAGUAAUUUUGACUUGGGUUAUUUUCUAGCCUGGGGAAGGGGCUCAUGUGUAUUGUUAUAACUUUAGAUUAAUGAUAAGCAAGACAAACUUGUUUUGUCUAAAGGUAAUAAUAUCCUUUAUGCUUAAAAGUACCUGUCUUUAGGUAAACAGGUGUUAGUAAAAUAACAAUUUUGUUAAACCAUAGUCCUGAUAGUUUGGUAAAGCCUACUUAGAGUUCCUUAUUUUGUAUUCUGUCCUUAGACUUAAGACUUUAAAAUGCAUUUGUAUAGUUGACAGAAAUUCUACAAAUGAGAUUAUGAUGGGCCUUCUCAGCAUCUUUUUCUUCUUAAAAUUGAGUUACUCUUGAAGCUUGUCCUCUGUCAUAAAGAUGGUAGAUUGCAAAUGGGACAGUAUACCUCUGUCUCAUGCUUUCAAAGUAAAGUUCUAGAUUGCGGUCUCAAAAACACAGGUUUGUUAUUAUAGAAAAGUGCCCUGAAGGGAGAAGAUGGCUGUAGUUGCUGGGCAGAGCAAGCACAAGGGAGAGACUUUAGAAGAUAAAUCAGUUCUUGAGUGCUGUACGGUGCACGAGGCUGAAAGUUGCUCACUGCCCAGCCCCAGCAGAAUCUCGCAUCUGUGGCCAUUACCAAGCAUUUUCUGGCUCUGGGUAUCAUUUUUUUCCUAAGUAUGGUUGCCAGUUUUUCUGACUUUAAAGAUUAGUGUUUGGGAGUCAGGUCCUUCCUGUGCUUAUGGUGUUUUACAGCUCCAGCCACACUGAAGUACACUGUUUUCUUAAUGGAGCACAGCCCCAGAGCACACAGCUGCAAUCAAUUGUGUGUCAGUCACUUCACAUGAUAGCGAUACAUUUGUCCUCAUGGUGGUCCUUUCUGUCUAGUUUCCUCGUGACACAGUAGUAUUGAAAUAAUGCACCGUAGCUUGGGAACAGAGUAAAGCUGUCUCCGCUGCCUAGGGGUGGACUUGAAGGGCUGGCUUUGUUGCUCAGACCUUAACAUAAGGCACAAAGAAGUGUGAACAAAAAACUAGGAAAGUUUUAUCUUGAGAAACGUUCAUAAUUGACUUUUUUCUGGGUUCCCAGAUUUAUGAAAUCACCAAUAAAGAGAUUCCACUUGUCUUGGGUCUUCUGUAGUUAGCAGAGGGGAUAGCGUAGCUGUGGGUAGCAGCAUGAAAGCACAAUCUAAGGGGAGUUGAAUUAACAAGGUGCUUGCACCAGGCCUGUAGUGUUGGUCACAUGUGCUCUGGGGAAAGGGACUGAAUGCCAAAGUCAGUUGCCUGUGUUUAUAACUUUGUCUCACAUGGACCUCCUCUUAGGAGCCUUUAGUCCUUCAGGCCAGUGGAAGAAUGAGGCCCUAAACGUGUAUUUGCUGCUUUUUUGGUGUUUGGCUGUUGUUUUGGUGAUGGGCCUCUACCUGGUAAGUAGUACUUGAAGACCUGUUGUUUCUUAAUCCUUUUUCUUGGAAUGACUGGUCAGGAAGAGGCCAUCGAGUCUGCCUUGUCAGCCCGUGCCCCCAUGUCUUUUUCUUUCUGUAGAAUUUUUCUUUUUAUUUGUGAUACAUCCCUGUGGUGAAUCUGCCACAGUGGGAGUUUGCAAGCAGUGAUCAUAUCUUGACUUUGACUUUUGAGCCACAAGCAGUUAGGAGGGAGGACACCUGUGCUAUUUUAGUGUCUCAUGCAGGUAGCUGUCACAUUGGUUUGGGAACAAAGAAAACUUCUGUGUAAGUUUCCAUGGCAGAAUGGGCAGUGUUCUGCUGGUCCUUAAUCUUUGAGAGGUCUUAGUUAACAUUCUUAGGUUCUGGGCUUUUUGAGGUAGGAUGUAAUAUUUUGAUUUAAUCUACUACAUUGAAUCUGAGCUUUUAAAACAACCUAUAGCUGCAAAGUGUGGUGUGAAACAUUCCGGGCACAAAUCUACAUUGUUAGUCAUUUCUCAAGCUUUCAGAAAUUAGCUAGUUAUUUGUAAAAUGGUAUCUUUGCUUACUAUGUUUUAGUUGUAUUUAACAGUAGACUAUGGAUGGUAGCAAAUGAAAGCAGAGUUUCUCAGCUGCGAAAGAAAUUGAGAAGGUGGUAACUGUUCCUUAGCACUUUGGUUGGUUAGAUACGUUAACUCUUGGGACAAAUGAGUAGCAGUGGACUUGGCCCCUUCAUGUCUCACACAUACGAUACGCACUGGUAGAAAAGCACAGAAGACAUCCUGCAGGAGUUUCUUUGUGCAUUUCACUACUGUCCUAGGGCACUGCUGUCUCUACUGGUCAUUUUACGUGUCUGGAUCUUGCACAAGUACCUUUUAGUUUCAAAUGCGAGAGUCCAAAGAACUGACACUUUAGUUUUACAUUUUUUUUUUCAUUUCAAAGUUAGGACAGGAGACAGCUAACCUGACUUCCAUUUUAUAAAUAUUACCAACUGUUUUUCUUCAGUAACAAAUAGGAAAGGAAAAUAAAACCAUAAACUAUUUUGUAUAUACACAUAUUUGUGUGUAUAUAUACAUAUAUAUACACAGUAUAUUUUAUUAUAAUUGUUUUUGAAGUCAUCUUAUUAGCUUAAUACUUCAUACAGAAAUUUGUCUUUGUUAAGUAUUGACUCAUACAGCUGAGAUUUUUAAUUACCUGUUGGCUUUAAUGAAAAUUUAAGUCUUAUUCAGAAUAAACUGAUUAAUCAGAUGGAAUUAUGCUUCAUGUACUUAACUGACUUAAGUGAAAUCGUCUUAUGAAAUUGUCUUUCAUCUGACCACCAAAAUAAGGGCAUGCAGUUUAGUUUUGAUGGGAAGGGGAAUAAGAAUAGAUUUCUUUUUAUGCCUUGCCUAUUUCCAAAACAAGAUUUGAAGUGUCUUUAAUGCUGUGGAGACUAGAUAAUGUUCAUGGAAAAUAUAUAGUCUUAAAACAGUUUUCUUGGGAGUAGGUUUUAGUCUGAAAAAGGUGAAGGUAUUUAUGCUGAGUCAUGUUAAAUUAUUUUAUUAGGCACCUACAAAAUCUGGUAGGAAAAAUUGGUGAAAUGAUGUCUUUCACUCAAAGAUAUGCUAUUCCAUUGAGAAAACUGGACUUCAGAGUAAAUGUGAUAAGUAGGUUUAUAAACUUUAUUCAGUAAUAAUUUCUGUCUUACAUGAAAUGAUUUAAAAUUUAAGUUUUGCUUUAAUUAUGGCAGCAUUUUAUUACUUUACCUUCUGGGGCAUUUUAAUGUUUAGAGAAAGAUUUUGUAAGUAAACCAUUGGAGUGAUUCUGUCUAUGCUAGUAAUGAAAUUCUUGGUGCUUGUUUUGAUUAAUUGUCAAACAUUUAGAAAGAGCAGAAAAGGAACCCCAAAACACCUGUUGGGUGCAUCUUGUCUUUAUAGGAAUUGAUACCUUGGGAGCGGUAAUUAUUAUCUUUCUGGAUUUAUUACAUUCUGACUGAAUAGGAGCUUUCUCUCUGUCAGUAUUAAGAAAGAGUAAGGACUGAUUUUCACUUACUGGGUAUCUAUCAUAAAAGAUUUCCAGUGACUCAUGUUUAGGUAUCAGGACUUUAAAUGUGUGCAGGAUUGCUGCACUUCUAAAGUCCACACGAAAUGCCAGCUGUACUGUACUCUGAGAAAACGAACAAAGUCCUAUGUCUUAACAGUUAUGCUCUUUUUGAAAGCUCUUUUGCUGUAAAUAUAAAUAACACCAUUUAAGAAAUGAAAAACCUUUUAUCUUACAAAAUACACUUUGAAUGAUGGAAGGUUUCCUUUGUAUUUUAAAACAUUUUUAUGGUUGAUUGUUCAAAUAUUGGCUUUCUGUAAAAACAUCGUGUUAAAUUUAGAUUGUUUAUAGUGCAAUAAAUAAAUUCUGCUGCCUGGGCAGUUUUAAUUACUACCUUAACCUGGUUCUGCUACUGGUACUUGUAGGUUUCAGGUUGCCCACAUUUUGGUUGUAUCUCUUUGGACCAAUAAAAAAUGACAAGUAUGAAAUAAAGGUAUGUUUAUAUAUGAUAGGAAGAAAUAGAGUGUCUCUGCAUAAGUAACUGGUAUGUAUUCUCCAUCUCGAUGUAUAGUUUAAUUGUUGCUUUUUAAAAAAGCCAGAUUAUAUAGUGUGAGUUAAUUAGCUUCAUUAAAAUUCAGUAAUUGUUACAUUUGUACUAGAACUAGGUUUUCUGAGUAGAGUGCUUGACAGUCUUAGGAUCUCAAGGGUGAAAGGAAUAUAUUCUCCACUGGAGACCUCAGCUAUAUACCAAUUUUAUUUAAAAUUGUAAGAACAGAGUAACCGAGGUGUUACACGCCUACUGUGAAAGGUACUUGGCUUUGAUAACGAGACCUGCCAGCACUGCAGUAAGAGUCUCCUACAGACAUCUCGUAUGGCUGCGCGCCAGCCUUCUUUACAGUCAUGGAUGACCCUGCCAGUGGGUGAUUAUAUUCCUCCUUUCAGCAAUUUUUAAAAAAGAAAAAAAGAUGCAGAUCCUUCAAUAGAUAACUCCCCAUUCUUCCCAAAUUUGAAAAGGCAGCUCAGUAGAAAUUGGUGAUAAAUGAUGUUUCUUUGGCCGUUUUGACCAAAUGCAGUCGGUCUUGUAGUCCCCUGCUUUGACUUGGGCUCUUGAUAUAAAUAUCAAAUCUCUGAUGUUUGACAUUAAAUGUUAAAAAUAUUACAGAAGGACAGUUCUAUCCUUAAUGAACACAGUUAAAGCACAUAAUAGAAUUAGAAAUAUUUAUUCAGAAUAUAAGAAUGUUUGUAAAAUAUUAUAAAUGUCUCUGUAUAAAUAAAUGGAGUUUUUUUUUUUUUUAACAAUUCUAUAUCAAAUAACACCAAGCUAUUUUACAGCAGCUAAAACUAAAGGCAUCUGGAAAUACUGAAUGCAUAUAAGUGAAGAAUCUAAAAACAAAUUACAAGGUAUAGUACAGUGUUAAGUGGCAACUUAAAAAUGAGAUUUUAAUACAGACAGUAGAACAAUACUGACAAAUGCCAACUUAGUCACAUGUGCUUCAAUAACUGACAGUACAUUCAGGUGGCUUAAAAAUGGCACAUUUUCAAAUAGGAAACUAAAGUCUCAUGCAAAGUAAAUAAGUCUUGACAAUAUAUCUAAAACUGAUUAGGAAUAGAAAAGAAGUGAACAUGUUUCACCCUAUUUGCACUGGGUUCAAAGAGAAGCAGAUUAUCAGGGGCACCCACUCGCUUGGCCGUCCUGACAGGAGCACUAUAAGUGAAUACUAUGCGUUCUACAAACAGAACCUUUUCCACAUGGAUUAGAUCUGCAAAAAAGUGCAAAGGUGAACUCUAAAGCCAGAAUAACUAAGCAGGUCAUUAGUGUCAGGGAAUUUUGUCUCCAGCUUGCUCUGUCCUGCUGAGCUGACACUUGAGAUGAUGAGUGAUUCUGUAGCUGCCUUGACUCCAGCAGAAUCACACUCAGAUGCCAUGUCUAGACAAUCUAGACAACCUAACCCUUCGCCAACAAUGUAACACUUGUCUGUAUGUGAGACUGUCUUUCUCUACACAAGAAUUAGCAAAAUAGGAAUGCGUGAACAGCUGCUAUUCAACUUGUACCCUUUUCCACUUUAGUAUUUUAACAGCCACUGAAGGCUCAGCGAUGCUAUGGAGGCUAAAGCCAGCGUUAUAUUCAUUGAUAAUUCUGGUGGCAGUUCUAAAAACUCGGUGCUUGGCAGCCUAAGGCAUACGUACAUCUAUUAGUGAACUCAGAUGUAGUUAGACAGUAACUUCAGAACGAGAGAGGUUCAGAGCUAACUUCAGCCCAGCUUAUCGGUAAGUGUGUGCAGCAAAGGCAUAAUUUGUGUUUUGUAGCUAGUGAUGCAUCUACAAAGUAGUGCCCAGCAAGGUUCACUGAAAGGUAGUAUCAUUUCUCAUCAAAUAGGCCAUUUCAUUGGAGAAAUAGGAAAAUAAUUGCUGUGAUUUUUUCAUAAUUUUUAUAGUGUUUUUACAAAACUGUCAAUACAGGAAAAAAAAAGUUACUGAUGCUCCUUCCCACCCCCCUAAAAAGAAAACACAACCUUUGCAAUCCUAUGUGAUGUACCCUAAUUAAAUUCAGUUCAGAAAUUUCAUCAGAAUUCUCCCCCCUUUGGUCUCUAAAAACUAAUUAAAGCUAUUAGUUGCAUCUAGAAAUAUGUGUAGCUGUAAACUUAGCGCAAUCUUUUCACUUUAUGUAGUUUGAUGGAUGGGACAUACUCCCAGCUCUGCAUUAGCAAAUAGUUUAAAGCUUUGAGUUAAAAUAUUUGAUAGAAUUUAAAAAAUAACUGCAGGAUAGGGAACAAUUCAUGCAGUGACAUAGGCAGUCUGGCCCAGAUGGGUAAACUGAAGCAUUUUUUCAUUUAAAAUAAUGUAAUUUGUAUACGGCUGGGAGCAACAAACUUUGUAGUAAUUUCAGAUUUUACUAUUCUCAUCCUUAAAGAAAGCCUUACUGGCUCUAGUUCGAACUGCCUCCCUGGAGUUAGGAGCACGUCCGGUUCUCUAAGGUCCCUGUGAAGUAUCGCUGUAGGCGCAGAGGAAGACUUGUUUCAGGCAACGUGGAUGUUAACUUCAGGAUCCCGAAAUGCCAGUGUGAACAUGAGACAGGUGAGUACCUGCUCUGGCAACCAGGUUACAUCUAGCGCACCCGUGAGGUCGGGAGGGCAUGAUAAGUCCUCGCUGUCUGAUCACGUAAGAUACUUCAUCAUGAAUAGCUUUCGGUGUUCCUUUCAAGGGGGAAUCUUACCGCCUGCACGUCCGUGGCAGUUUGGUAGCUGGUGCACAUGAGAUUGGGCAGAACAUCACAUCCAGUUGGUGGGCCCACGUGUUGAUGGCACUCCAGCUACAGACAGAGGUCUCUCUUAUUUUGAGAUUUUUGCCUCAGUUCCAUAGUGGGAGAUUAUACUCCAAGGGAACUGUGAAAUGGGUUCUCAUGCUCAUUUCUCUAUCAGCCAAAGAUUGAACUCUGAAUGGUGAAGGUAACUGCCUAAAAGGGGUAGCCACUUGAGGGAACGAUUAAAACAGUUAAAUAUGAAAGUUGGAACAUUUUUAACCUUGUACGAGUUAUAAUCAGGAUCACUGUUCACCUCUGAUGGAGAUGUUAAUGUAACCAGCUCCUAUUUAGAAAGAACAUUCAGGUUAUGAAAAAGGAAAAUGAUCCAGGCACCUGCAAUCAUUUAUUUAACCGACGAGGUUUUAGUAAGCCUUGCGGUUAGCAUAAUAACCAAAUGCCUGUUGGUUCCCCUUCAGCAAGGACAGUUAGGGAAUAUGUGAAAAAUACAAUGAAAGGAAAUCAACUAUAUUGAAUAGCUUUUAUUCUACUCAUUUAUGAAAGUAACAGUUUUGCCUGGGAAAUAGUUUUCACCCGACCACCACCUAUCUGAAAAACUAUUAUGUUGAAGUAUAAACUCAAAAUGAGGCCAAGCAGGAUCAGUAAUACUAGGGUCCUAAUGGAGGAGCCGAGCCCUCCCAGGUCUGGAGAAGUUCCAUGACGCUAGGAGAGCGGCUUGUUUUCACUUGCAGCAAGAGGAGUAGACAGAGGUCAGCAAACAAGAUUUUAUUCCUGCGCCAGCUAUGCUUUUCAGUGGGGGUGAAAAUGAAAACUGUCCAACUGUUUUGAUGCCAGUUCAACCACACAAGAGAAGGCCAUGAACGGAUCCCCACUCUGCACAGCCCGGUUUGCUUGGGGAGGAUGUUUUCUCCGGGACAAACUGGAGAAAUGGGGAAAACUGAUUUCAUCUGUUAAACCUUUUUUUUGCACACACUUUUCAGCCAAAACAUUAAGUCUAUUUUUACUCUUGGGAUAAAGUCCAGUAGAUUUAUAACAGACAAGCCAGUGGGUACUUUGACAGUGAUCAAAGCAUGUGAAAGCUGGCCCUUUCACACUGAUUGAUACCAGUUGAUUUUUUGGGGAGGGGGACAAGAUGGGGGCAGCCUCACUGCUGGCUGGAGAAAAAAGGGUGGUUGCUUUGGGGAUAGAACUGCUCUGCCUUCUAAGGUCGGGGCUAGAGUGCCCUUCCUGCCUCGUGCAGAAGGCUGAGGACAGAUCUUUACCUCACGGACACGGGGGCGUGAAUGCAGUGACCUGAUCAUAAGCCGAGCUGUGACACUGGGCCCCGUUUCUCCUAGAGGACUUCAGGUGGUCUUCAGGUGCUACAGAAUAAAUGGUAAGUAGUCCUUUGAAAUGUAUCUGUCAAGGUAGAGCGGUGACGUAAGAAGGGAAGAACAAAGUGAAAAGUGAAACAGGAAAGGUUAAAAAAGGAAUAAUGAAUUUAAGGUGGAAGACCUUCCUGAAAGAAUUCAGGUACUUCGGUCCUGCCCAGUCCUGUCAGCACUGCUUGAGAUGUCACCUGUUUAAGCACCAUGUGCUAACCAUCCCCAUGUCUCUGGGGGAUAAAAAAAAGGAGGCCUCAAUGACCAUUCCUUCAACCCCUGCCCUUUGUAACAGCAGGAGUGAACUCGCAAACUGGUGCUGCAGGAGCAAUCUCUUAAAUCGGUGGGUUCAGCCUGCAAAACAUGAUCUAGUCAGCUCCUGCCUCUUGCCCUUAGACAGACAGAAGCAGGUCCACAGCUCACGUGGAGGAGCUCUGAUCCACGUAGCACAGCGACUGUGUAGUGCCCUGGGGUGCGGGAGAGGGCUAAUGCACCUCUGCUCUGGAAGAACCUCCAGACGCCAGUCUAGGUCCCUUACAGGUAUCAACAGGAUUCUCCCUGUGCCAAGCCUUGGCUCUUAAAAAGCUCCACCAGGGGAGGAGGAACUCCCAGUCAGAAGAGAGCUCCCUUCCCAGCCCUGCCUCCAUGAGGAGAGGCGAGGAACUUCCAUUCUCCUGUCCAGAGCUGUUCAGGCCUCACUGCUCUGCCUGUAGCUUCAGCAUUUCUGGGGCUAUAGCUAACAGCUCUGAGUGACAGCCUGUAUCUUGAGUUGACAUGUGAGACCUGAAAAACCAAAGCCUGGUUCCACUAAACAAAUGGGCAGUUCUGCUCCAUGCUGAGCCUUGACCCCCCCCGCCCAGGUCAGGAAAGAGAAGCUGGGGAUGCCAGAGAGAAGGUUGCUGCCCACCAAAAAGAGGGAAAAGGAAUGGGAAAUCUUUAAGAAAACAUCUGCUGUGGAUUAUCCCACUGCAGCACCACCUCCAGAACAGAAGAGGAGGGAGAGUGAUAGCCAGUGCUGAGAGCAGAAGCGAGGCCCACAGAGCCCGGCGCACGUGGCAGUUCCCACGCUGUCCACCGCCGGGACAGGAGGAGCAGGGUCCGCUAGAGACAGUCCACGUGGUGUCCCUGGGGCCCCUCACCCCGGAGCUGAGUCCAGGGCACUCAGUUGUCCAAGUGCUGGCCUACCUGCCACCCUUCCCUUUUCUCAUUCUCCCAACAGGUCCUCUGUCCCAGGGCCCCUCUGACCUCAGUGCCCUGCUAGAGUUAUACUUCCACGGGCAGAACCUUGGAGCCUGAGUGCCGAUUACAGUGACGUUUCAUUGGUGUGUGGCCUUGAGUUCUCCUCCUCCAGUAGAGCGAUUCGUUGCUUGAGCAUCCUCACUUGGGUCUCAUGUCUCUCCACCAUAGCCAUCAUCUGAGACUCCAACUUCUUUAGUUUGUUUUGAUGCUUCUUCUUGGCUUUCUCGUAGGCAGCCACCAGGUUGCUAUGUGGGAACAGAGGGAAGUGAGAAUGAAGAUUUCUCCUGAGUAGCACUGAGUACCCACUGCCCCGUCCACUGGGCAGCCUGGACCAGUAAGUACCACUCUGAAGAAACAGGUCACUCGGCCUCGUCAGGAAGAAUUUGAAAUCAGAUAGUGUUUCAACAUUCAGGGCCAUUCAGGUAUUGACUUAACCAUGAUUAAUUCAGCCUGAUUGCUAGAGGCUUGUCACCUCCAUGGUAGGAGGGGCUUACACCAGUAAUCCAAACUAGCUGCAUCCAAAUAGACAAGCAGAAAAGCUGAACUCGAGAAAUCUAUCAUGGAAAUACAAAUAGCGCGUCUGUGUGUUGUUCCAUGGCUGCAGUACGGUCAGGUCUGGUUGCAGGAGAGUUCCUCACAUGCUGCAGUCUGUGUGACCUCACCUUGGCUGAGGGCAGAGAGGCACUGACGACUUCCCUCCCUGCUCUGGGCUGAUGGGACUCAGGGCACAUGGGUCCUGAGCUAAUGCUGCCUGCUGGACACAGACCACAGGCCUCUGUGAACUGUCCCUCCUGGGGUGGGAAGAGGGCGGGGGCUGAGCCUAGAGCUAGUAAGUCCCGGUCCCAGUCUGGUCCAGAACACCACCCCAGGUCCCUUCCAUGUACUGUCCGGUUCUCAAAGUGUGGUCUGAGAACUGACCCCCCGGAGUCCCAAAACCCUUUCAGGGGAAAUCUGGGAGGUUCUUUAUUUUUUAACUAUAGAACUACUGGAAGCUAGGUUUACUGAAUGUAUUUCAAAACAGCAUAUUCAUAUAUAUUACUACCUGUUGAAGUGGACGUGAGUCUAGCUGUCUUACAUUAAGCCAGCCAUUAGAGAUUUGCAAAACUGUAAAAACAGUACUAUUUUUCCAAUUAUUUUUGGAAAGUGAUUUUUAAAAAUAAAUGCCAUUUGUAUUACAUGUAGUGAAUUUUUUUUAAGUGAAUAAAAGCUUCAAAAAUUUG